UCGGCUGGGGCCCGGCCCGGGAUUAGUUGGUUUCGGAGCGGAGGAGGGAGCCCCGACCGUCGCGAGCGUCAAAGAGACAAAGCACGUCAGGGGGUCCGGCCGGGGGGGUCGGCCCGGGGCUCGGUGGUGCCCCAGCCCGCGCGGAGGGCCCUGCGGACCCGCGCGCCGCCGCCGCCGCCUCGCAACAGGUCCGGGCGGCCUCGCUCUCCGCUCCCCUCCCCCGCAUCCGCGACCCCCGGGGCGCCUCAGCUCGGCCGGGGCCGCAGUCUGGCCACCAGCUUCCAUGCGGUUCGGGUCCAAGAUGAUGCCGAUGUUUCUCACCGUGUAUCUCAGUAACAAUGAGCAGCACUUCACAGAAGUUCCAGUUACUCCAGAAACAAUAUGCAGAGAUGUGGUGGAUCUGUGCAAAGAACCCGGAGAGAGUGAUUGCCAUUUGGCUGAAGUGUGGUGUGGCUCUGAACGUCCAGUUGCGGAUAAUGAGCGAAUGUUUGAUAUUCUUCAGCGAUUUGGAAGUCAGAGGAACGAAGCUCGCUUCUUCCUUCGUCAUGAACACCCCCCUGGCAGGGACAUUGUGAGUGGACCAAGAUCUCAGGAUCCAAGUUUAAAAAGAAAUGGUGUAAAAGUUCCUGGUGAAUAUCGAAGAAAGGAGAAUGGUGUUAAUAGUCCUAGGAUGGAUCUGACUCUUGCUGAACUUCAGGAAAUGGCAUCUCGCCAGCAGCAACAGAUUGAAGCCCAGCAACAAUUGCUGGCAACUAAGGAACAGCGCUUAAAGUUUUUGAAACAACAAGAUCAGCGACAACAGCAACAAGUUGCUGAGCAGGAGAAGCUUAAAAGGCUAAAAGAAAUAGCUGAGAAUCAGGAAGCUAAGCUAAAAAAAGUGAGAGCACUUAAAGGCCACGUGGAACAGAAGAGACUAAGCAAUGGGAAACUUGUGGAGGAAAUUGAACAGAUGAAUAGUUUGUUCCAGCAAAAACAGAGGGAGCUCGUCCUGGCUGUGUCAAAAGUAGAAGAACUGACCAGGCAGCUCGAGAUGCUCAAGAACGGCAGGAUUGACGGCCACCAUGACAAUCAGUCUGCGGUGGCUGAGCUUGAUCGCCUCUAUAAGGAGCUGCAGCUAAGAAACAAAUUGAAUCAAGAGCAGAAUGCCAAGCUACAACAACAGAGGGAGUGUUUGAAUAAGCGUAAUUCAGAAGUGGCAGUCAUGGAUAAGCGUGUUAAUGAGCUGAGGGACCGGCUGUGGAAGAAGAAGGCAGCUCUACAGCAAAAAGAAAAUCUACCAGUUUCAUCUGAUGGAAAUCUUCCCCAGCAAGCCGCGUCAGCCCCAAGCCGUGUGGCUGCAGUAGGUCCCUAUAUCCAGUCAUCUACUAUGCCUCGAAUGCCCUCAAGGCCUGAAUUGCUGGUGAAGCCAGCCCUGCCGGAUGGUUCCUUGGUCAUGCAGGCUUCAGAGGGGCCGAUGAAAAUACAGACGCUGCCCAACAUGAGAUCUGGGGCUGCUUCACAAACUAAAGGCUCUAAAAUCCAUCCAGCUGGCCCUGAUUGGAGUCCUUCAAAUGCAGAUCUUUUCCCGAGCCAAGGCUCUGCUUCUGCACCUCAAAGCACUGGGAAUGCUCUGGAUCAAGUUGAUGAUGGAGAGGUUCCACUGAGGGAGAAAGAGAAGAAGGUGCGUCCGUUCUCAAUGUUUGAUGCAGUAGACCAGUCCACUGCCCCACCUUCCUUUGGUACUCUGAGGAAGAACCAGAGCAGUGAAGAUAUCUUGCGGGAUGCUCAGGCUGCAAAUAAAAAUGUGGCUAAAGUACCACCUCCUGUUCCUACAAAACCAAAACAGAUUAAUUUGCCUUAUUUUGGACAAACUAAUCAGCCACCUUCAGAUGUUAAGCCAGAUGGAAGUUCUCAGCAGUUGUCAACAGUUGUUCCGUCCAUGGGAACUAAACCAAAACCAUCAGGGCAGCAGCCGAGAGUGCUGCUGUCUCCCAGCAUACCUUCAGUUGGCCAAGACCAGACCCUUUCUCCAGGUUCUAAGCAAGAAAGUCCACCUGCUGCUGCUGUCCGGCCCUUUACUCCCCAGCCUUCCAAAGACACCUUACUUCCACCCUUCAGAAAACCCCAGACCGUGGCAGCAAGUUCAAUAUAUUCCAUGUAUACGCAGCAGCAGGCUCCAGGAAAAAACUUCCAGCAGGCUGUGCAGAGCGCGUUGACCAAGACUCAUACCAGAGGGCCACACUUUUCAAGUGUAUAUGGUAAGCCUGUAAUUGCUGCUGCCCAGAAUCAACAGCAGCACCCAGAGAACAUUUAUUCCAAUAGCCAGGGCAAGCCUGGCAGUCCAGAACCUGAAACAGAGCCUGUUUCUUCAGUUCAGGAGAACCAUGAAAACGAAAGAAUUCCUCGGCCACUCAGCCCAACUAAAUUACUGCCUUUUUUAUCUAAUCCUUACCGAAACCAGAGUGAUGCUGACCUAGAAGCCCUACGAAAGAAAUUAUCUAAUGCACCAAGGCCACUAAAGAAACGUAGUUCUAUUACAGAGCCAGAAGGUCCUAAUGGGCCAAAUAUUCAGAAGCUUUUGUAUCAGAGGACCACCAUAGCGGCCAUGGAGACCAUCUCUGUCCCAUCAUACCCAUCCAAGUCAGCUUCUGUGACUGCCAGCUCAGAAAGCCCAGUAGAAAUCCAGAAUCCAUAUUUACAUGUGGAGCCUGAGAAGGAAGUGGUCUCUCUGGUUCCUGAGUCAUUGUCCCCAGAGGAUGUGGGGAGUGCCAGUACAGAGAACAGUGACAUGCCAGUUCCUUCUCCUGGCCUUGAUUAUGAGCCUGAGGGAGUCCCAGACAACAGCCCAAAUCUCCAGAAAAACCCGGAAGAACCAAAUCCAGAGUCCCCCCAUCUGCUUGAUGUGUAUCUGGAGGAGUACCCUCCAUACCCACCCCCACCAUACCCAUCCGGGGAGCCUGAAGGGCCAGGAGAAGACUCAGUGAGCAUGCGCCCGCCUGAAAUCACCGGGCAGGUCUCUCUGCCUCCUGGUAAAAGGACAAACUUGCGUAAAACCGGCUCAGAGCGUAUUGCUCAUGGAAUGAGGGUGAAAUUCAACCCCCUUGCUUUACUGCUAGAUUCGUCUUUGGAGGGAGAAUUUGACCUUGUACAGAGAAUUAUUUAUGAGGUUGAUGACCCAAGCCUGCCCAAUGAUGAAGGCAUCACGGCUCUUCACAAUGCUGUGUGUGCAGGCCACACAGAAAUCGUGAAGUUCCUGGUACAGUUUGGUGUAAAUGUAAAUGCUGCUGAUAGUGAUGGAUGGACUCCAUUACAUUGUGCUGCCUCAUGUAACAACGUCCAAGUGUGUAAGUUUUUGGUGGAGUCAGGAGCCGCUGUGUUUGCCAUGACCUACAGUGACAUGCAGACUGCUGCAGAUAAGUGCGAGGAAAUGGAGGAAGGCUACACUCAGUGCUCCCAGUUUCUUUAUGGAGUUCAGGAGAAGAUGGGCAUAAUGAAUAAAGGAGUCAUUUAUGCACUUUGGGAUUAUGAACCUCAGAAUGAUGAUGAGCUGCCCAUGAAAGAAGGAGACUGCAUGACAAUCAUCCACAGGGAGGAUGAAGAUGAAAUCGAAUGGUGGUGGGCGCGCCUUAAUGAUAAGGAGGGAUAUGUUCCACGCAACUUGCUGGGACUAUACCCAAGAAUUAAACCAAGACAAAGGAGCUUGGCCUGAAACUUCACACAGAAUUUUAGUCAAUGAAGAAUUAAUCUCUGUUUUUAAGAAGAAGUAAUACGAUUAUUUUUGGCAAAAAUUUCACAAGACUUAUUUUAAUGACAAUGUAGCUUGAAAGCGAUGAAGAAUGUCUCUAGAAGAAAAUGAAGGAUUGAAGAAUUUACCCUUAGAGGACAUUUAGCAUGAUGAAAUAAAGCAUCUACGUCAGCAGGCCAUACCGUGUUGGGGCAGAGGUGUCCCAUGUAGCACUCGGAGAAGUAUACAGUGACAAUCCUGUUUUCUACAAGAAUCCUGUCCAGUAAAUAGGACCAUUUAUUGGGCAGUUGGGAAAUCAGCUCUCUGUCCUGUUUAGUGAGUGUUUUCAGCACCUGCUUCUAAACCAGUCCUCCUGCCACCAUCACAUCGCCGUCUCUGAUUGUACCAGGCACCAGCAGGCCGUUGCAGGGCUCACCUGAAGGCUCGAAGGCCCUGCACACUUGUAUAUUGUCAUUGAGGAACUGUUAGUUGGUCGUCAGUGAACAGUAACUUUAUUAUAUGAGUUCUUGUAGCAUCUUAAGAAUUAUACAUAUGUUUGAAAUAUUGAAACUAAACUACAGUACCAGUAAUUAGAUGUAGAAUCUUGUUUGUAGGCUGAAUUUUAAUCUGUAUUUAUUGUCUUUUGUAUCUCAGAAAUUAGCAACUUGCUAGACUUAAUCGUAAUAUUUGUCAAGAUCCUAGCUGACUUUAAAAACAGUUGUAAUAAACUUUUUGAUGCUAA